CAAACAGUUACUGAACAAAUCAUUAGUGCAGUCGUGUUUAAAUGAUCACUGAUGUUGUUUGUUGUUCAGUGUCACAGCUGAUUCUCCGUCUUCAUAUAAUAUGUCCAGUAAGCAGUGAUUGAUGAAAUGUGUGAACUGCAGGCCACUAUUGAGUUUAUGGUAGAGCUCAGUAAAUUCUACAAUGUUGACUUGUUCCAACGUGGAUUUUACCAAAUAAGAUGCAUCUUGAAAAAUCCACCUCGUGCACCAGCGAAAAUAGAAGUCAGUUUGCCUGCCAGCAAUCCUGCACCCAACAACAGCAGCUUAAUACUUCCAGCAUGUAUCAUUGGUGAUGCAGCAGUGAGCAAGACCUACCAGAUCCAAUACCGUGAAGAAGACCUUUCAAUCAACGAUGCCUUCAUGUACCGUGUUCAUACCCUUGUUGACAGCUCACAGCUUGAAAAAGACAUGGAAAACCUUGACCUUCAGUUAGUAGUUGAACUGUGGUUUGGAGAAGAGGAACAUGGGUCCUGUUUACAAGAUAAAAUGGAGUGUGUUAGCACACGUACAUUGUUCCUCAACUUCAGUCCAACAAAAGGUCUGCACCAUCAUGUUCCUGUCCUGUUUGACUACUUUCAUCUUUCUGUGAUUGAAGUGACCAUUCAUGGAACUCUGAUAGCCAUCCAUCAGCCUUACCUCAACAUGCCCCGUCCACCCAAAACUGCAUGGGCAAACAAAUCUCCAGAUCAGUCCACCCUGGAAGCUGUUUAUUUUGGUCAGGGACCACUUUCAGGGAGUCCAGAGAGAAUUGCUAAAUUCCGGUUAAAUAAUGCCUACAGCACCCACAAGACCAUCUGUAAUAUUCUUCUGUCAGCGUAUGAAAGUCUUCAGACAACCUUUCAGCUGUAUUUACCAAUGCUUUCAGAUGAUCACCAUUUCACUCUUGAAAUAAAAGACUGCCAUACAAGACUAGAAAAAGUGUUGUCAAAUUUAAAGACCUUGUUUGAUGAAGAAGAUGUGAUCCAGACAGUAGUUACAGACAUUACCCAAUUGUGUGCUGAAAAUGUCAUCCUGUGGACCCAAAUUACAGAGCUCAUAAUGCUGGCUCAACCUGUCCAAGAAUAUCUGGCUCAAGAGCAUCACACUGCUAGGGUUAAAAGAUUUGCUGAAGCAUUUUUCACCUUUGAGUAUCCCAAGAUAACCUGUCUUUCAUGUUAUGAGCCAAGUAUACAUGGUCAUGCAGACCUUGCAAACCUUGUGAAGACAUCUUCAUAUUUCCAGAGUAUUCCAACCCUUCCUGUUGGCUGUCCAGACUUGGAUGGUGAUGCUACCACUUUGCCAAUUAUCUUUGAAGAUAUCUAUCAUGACAACUGGCAACAUUCAUAUGAACUUGCUAAAAAGAAUAACGCAGAACAGCAGAAGUCUGACAAAGAAAAGCUUUCCAAACAAGACUCUGUUCGCUCUGAUGGUGACCGGUCCUUACCAAAAGUUCAAUCAAGAUCUCGUAAGGCAUUUAUUAAGAACAUCAAACCAGAGGCAUUCCGGAGACCAUCAUCGUAUUCUUGCAGUGAAGUUGAGGGUUCUGUGAAAAAAGAUGCAAAGGGCACUGUGGCUACACCGCACAAAGAUACAAAAGGUGUUGUGUUGGUUGGCUAUCGGAAAAAGACUGACCCCGAUGAAAUACCUGCCACUGGUGUUGAACUGGGUACAUUCAGUCCUGCUCAAGGUGCCUCCCAAAGUGAUCUGAGCUAUGCUCAGUAUUCUCUUAACUCAGUGUCGAUGCCUUCUCUUUUUGUCAAGUCAUGUUGGAGUCGUGCUAGUGUCAGUUCUUUGCCAGACCUAAAUGAUCUGGCUGUUAACAGGUCAGACCUGUCCCAUUUGAAAACACAUGAUGAUGAUUUGGAGGGUGACACUCUUGCACACACUGCACGGAAUCGAUUUAAGGCACACAGAUCUCAUACUGAUCCUAUUCCAGAUAUUUCUUCAGGUCACACAAUCAAAGGUUCUAGUAGGUCACCUGAUAGUAAUGUGGCAGAAAGUUUAAUAGAGUCUAAAGUAAGUUUGGAAUCUGAAAACCCUUCAGAUUCUACAUGUAAAACAUUAGAAUUUGAAAAAGAACACUUUGAUACAUUGGCCAACUCUAUUAGUGAUGCUUUGGGAGAAACUGAAGUGAACUAUGUCAUAAAUCCUGAAGUUGACGAUGACGUUAGUGAUGAUGAAACACAUAUUGCUAAUGGUUAUGAUGAAUUUUUGGAGUCACACUGUAGAAUGGAAUCAAAUUCCAUGACAACAUCAAAUGUGAACCCAUCUCAGCAAGUAUCACAGCAAGACGUAGUGAUUAGUUUCUCAAGUAGUGGAGAGAGGUCACCAGAAAGCACCAUCCUACGUGGUAAUGGUGAAGGCAAGAGGCACAGUAUUCCUGAAAACACAGAUAGUAAGCUUACAAUACUAGAGCUAUUAAAAGAAGAAUAUGCAAAAAGUCAUCCUGACGAUAAAAUAAAAUUAUCCGAAGAAAAUCUUCACAUGGUUGAUUUACCCAGUCGUGGAACUUUUGGUUGUCACAGGGCCUCCAGUGAUACAGACCUCAUUAAAAAUAUGGAAGAAGAAGAGAGGCGUGAGUGUAAUAAACAUUGCUCGAUGGCUCUGAGAAAUGCUGAUGGUUUGCAGAAGUCAAGAGCCAGAUUGUUAUCAUCAUCAUCCUCCUAUCCUGAGCUUUCACAGAGGUAUGCAGAUUCGACAACACCAAAGCUAGUCUCUGUGAUUGGGCAUAAUACGGUCAAUUUUGUUACUCUGAGAGAAAGUAUGAAGCUUCAGAUGAAAUAUCAAGGUCAUUUGUACAGUGAAUCAUCUACACUUGCCUCAACUAUUCCCUAUUUGCAUAUGGCCGAAGUCACUGAUGAAGCAGACGAGGGAAUCCAUCUUAUUGUGUGUGUCCAUGGUUUAGAUGGUAACAGCGCAGAUCUACGUCUCAUUAGAACAUACAUUGAAAUGGCUCUUCCUGGGUACAAAUUGGAGUUUCUUAUGUCAGAAAGAAACCAGCAAGAUACAUUUGCUGAAUUUGAAAUAAUGACCAAUCGCUUGGUUGAUGAGAUUCAGUCUUUCAUUGACAUAUAUGGUUUGAAGCUGGCACGGAUAAGCUUUGUGGGCCAUUCACUUGGUAAUAUUAUCAUUCGAUCUGCAUUGUCAAGACCUCAGUUAGCCCAUCUUCUGCCAAAGAUGUAUACAUUUCUGUCCUUGUCAGGGCCACAUCUUGGAACUCUGUACAACAACAGUGGUCUGGUUAAUAUGGGUAUGUGGUUCAUGCAGAAGUGGAAGAAGUCUGGGUCCUUGCUUCAACUGUCUUUGAAGGACCACCCUGAUCCUAGACAAUCAUUUCUUUACAGACUCAGCAAAAAGAAAGUUUUUGAACAUUUCAAACAUGUUUUGUUUGUGGGUUCUAACCAAGAUCGCUAUGUGCCAUACCACUCAUCUCGGGUAGAGUAUUGCAAGCAAGCACAGAGAGACACCAGCAGUAUGGGAUUGGUGUACAAAGAGAUGGUUGAGAAUAUCUUGCGGCCCAUCAUACAAACUCCAACUUGCAAGUUGAUUCGAUAUGAUGUGUUCCAUGCAUUGCCAAGCACUGCCAAUACAAUGAUUGGUCGAGCAGCACAUAUUGCUGUCCUUGAUUCAGAGAUUUUCAUUGAAAAAUUCUUCACAGUUGCCGUUCUUAAAUAUUUAAAGUAAAAUGUGCAAAAUAGGAGGUUUCUCCAAACAGCAAACAUGUGUUAUUAUUUGUAUUGUGACAUAAAAUAACUCCAUUUCUGUUUGUUAUAUUUGGUUUUUGCAAAUAUGUUUUAGAGCAUGCAUUGCAAUUGCAACAGAUGUUACAGUACUGUUGCUUGGGUUUGUUUCAUGUAUUUGUAAGAUAGGUAGUGUUUAUUAAUUAAUCAUUCAUUUGCCUUUACCUUCAUUACAAUUUAACAUCAUCCCAUUGGUUCAGCCGUAGCAAUGUGAGUUUAUUCAUGUCUUGAUGAACACAAACAUAAUGUUGUCAGGGAAUGUCAACUAAUAACAUCAUUUUAUAUUCGUAUUUUGUCUCACUGAGUGUUAUUGUUUAGAACCAAAAACAUGAAUUUUUAGUGUUAUUAUUUGUAGGUAUGUUUCAAAUUUAAUUAUAAGUAUUGUCUGUUAUUUCUUUUAUGUUCAUCUGGGUAUGAACAAAAAAAAUCAUCCACAAACAUGUGUAAAUGGCUUUGCCGAUACACACAGUUUGCGGAUGAUUUGUUUUGUUCAUACCCUGAUGAAUGUAAAACAAAUAACAAACAAUCCUUAAGAAGCUUUUUAUUUAAGUAAUUUACCAAGUCCAUUCCUGCCCUUUUCUGCUAAUUCUUCUGUUUCUACAUCAACUGGAAUCUGAGACUGGGCUUCAUCGGAUAAUACUUUCAGAACUGGCCUCAAAAACACCCUAAUUAUCUCACAUAUAUUUAACUUUUGGACACCUGGACUUGCCUGCCCAAAUUUGAGUUAUUUAAAUAUUUAAUUAAAUAUAUACAUGUAUAUAGAUGUUCUGUUGUGGACAGAACUCUUUGGUGGAGUCUUGAGGUUGUGACCACAGCAGGCAUGCUUGAACAUGUUUGUUUUUUAUGUAUAUAGAAGCAUGCCACACAAUAACCCAUACCCAUUCCUGCCAUCUGUUAUGUAAUCUGUGAUGGGUUUCAUCCUGUGUUCUGUCUUUUCUCUUCUUUUUUUAAAAAUUAAAUUGUCUAUUUUCUGUUUUAAAUGCAUAAUUCAUAUAAAACUGAAGUACAUCUGUUGAAAAAAGUGUACAAAUGGUGGACAUUUUCUAAUAACUAGUGGCCAUUAGAAUAAAAUGUCCAAAUAUUUUAGCUCAAAUGUAUGUGACAAAUCUUUAAAAAAAAAUAAAAAAAUAUGCAAUUGAUGUUGCAAACUGUCAUGUCAUGCCAAAACAGCAUUUAUUUUUAUUGAAUUAUAAUUGAGUCAUUUGUUGUUUGACUAACAUAGAUCCAUUUAUACAUUUUGGGCACAACAAACGGAAGUCAUGUGCAGUUUUCAUUCCUGUCCAUCUUGCAGAAGUCUUUUGAUUUUGUACAUAUAUAUAUCACACCAUUGUCUGCUUGAUUCCUUACCCAGGACAUUGAUUCACACCAAAUAGCCAGUUUCAAAUUCAAAUUGUGUUGUAUCUCAGGGAUUGGAGGUACUUGAAAUUUAGCAGAAAACUGUCUUGUUUUGUUUUAUGAUAUCCGACCGUAUUAUUUGUUAUUAAAACACACAAUGAAAGGAACAUAAUAAUUUUGAGAUAUGAGUCCUAGUGUGUAAAGAGGUUUAUGAUAGUAUUUCAGGCAACUGAAAUAUUGUCAUACAAUGAUUAAAAUAUAAUAAACAGAUGUCCACUAACAGAAACAUGUUUUGCAUUUGAUUAAAUAUAUCAAAUACACUGUACUCUGCAUACUGAUAGUAUUAACAAUAAACAAGUGCCCAAAUGUAUGGCAGGUAAAAAUUAUGUAUAUUUUUUUUGAAUGACAUAAUGGCACAUUUGUAUCCCUUUUUUUUUUUCUUUUUUUUUUUUUGCAGUCAUUUGCACAUAUAUUUCUGCAUAGCUAAUGUUUUGGGACUUAACUGAACUGGUGUAUCAAAAAUGUUUUAUUCUUGUUAAAUCUCAUCCUGGUACAAUGAAGCCCCACUAUUGCGACCAUUGGCGGGACUUAAUAGUGGGGUGGUCGUAAUACCAAAUUACCAACAUUCAAAAUCAUGAAUGUUUGGUAAAUACUAAUUGUGAAUUUUAUGUCCCAUGUUCUUUUUCCAGUUGUGAACAAUUUGUUUAAACUGAGAAAAGUAAUAGGCGACGACAGUGUAUUGGACAUUGAACCGCAACAAUAAUCAAGUGUCAAGCCUGCUUCAGUUAUUUAUGAGCUUGGGCCCAUUCUUUUCCUUAAUUAUUACACAAUAGAGCUUUCUGACAAAUGGCACCCUACCGAUGUUUUAGGACAUCCACUGCCCCAAAGGUAAUGGUAAAUCUGUGACUUUUGACUUACAUGACUGAUUGCAGCUAAUCGUUGCAUUUGUUGACAUUUUUUGUGUGCAAGUUAUAUAUUUCAGAAAUUAACCAUGACUUUCUCAUUUGUGGAUCAAUUGUUUGCUUUGUCGUUCCAACUAAAUAAAUAUCGGACUAUUUUAAUUACUUGUUUGAGCAACACAUAUAUGUCGUGUAAUUAACUUCAACACCAUGGCGUGGACAACUAGGCAAAAUUUUACCACGUUAUUUAUUGUUUGUCACUUAUAUGAGAUGCCAGGUAAAUGCUGGGGUUGCAUUUGUGGGGUCCAAAUGCACUGAAAAUUACCAUUGGGUCUGACUUUACUGGUCGUAAUCCGUAAUAGCGGUGUGUCUUAAUACUGGGGUAGUUUUACUGUAAAAUAAUAAGGAAAUAUUCCAGCCUUUGAAAUACUGGCCUUUAUGUCAGGGUGGUCUUAGAACUGGUGUGGUUGUUAGGUGGGGUUUAUGGUCUUUAAAAUACUGGUCUUUAUGUCGGGGUGGUUUUAGAACUGGUGUGGUUGUUAGGUGGGGUUUCACUGUAAUUAGACAUUUCAGAAAGAAAAAAACUUAUUUUAGAACAUUUGUGAUUUAUUUAUAUUAAUAGUUGAUGUUUAAUUUGGUUUUCAUGUAGCAUAUUAUGCCCAACAUUUAAAAUGUAACAAUGGUUUCAUAUUAAUGGAUGUUGACUUGAUAGAAAUAUGUUAAAUCUGUUUUGGUACUAACAGUCUGAAUCUGACAUGUGAAAUAUUUUCAAUGUGAGUGCUAUUCCAGUGAGAGUAUAUUCUUCAUAUUGUAAUUUCAUAAUUAUAUUUUAUGACAAGUACCUGUAAUUAUUAUUAUUCAGAACCAGUAUUAUUAUUACUAGAUAAAAGCUUCAUUUUUUUCAUUUUUACAAUUACACAAUUUACUUGCCUUUUGAAUCAAAUACAUCCAAAAGCUAUUUCAAACACUGCUACAUAACUGAUGUUUUCUGUUUUAAUAAAUGUGCAUCUCACUAGCAAAUAAACAUUUAUAUAACAUUUUAACUGAGUGGAAUAUAAUAGACAACUUAUUUUAUACGCAUAAUAAAAUUUGCAAAGGGGUUCUAAUAAAUUCCAUGUGUCGGAUAUAAAUUCCACAUUUUUACUAACUGUAAAUUGCAAGCUGAAAUCUAACAUAUUUAUGACUUUAUUUUGAACCAUGUGAAUAGUGAAUACAAAUUCAUUGGUGCCACUACUAUUUCUGUUUAACCAGUUCUAAGAUUAAAUGGCCUUAUAUACUAGUAUUAGAGAAUAUGUUUGUCUUGUUCAGAUGGCUUAUUUCCAUUGAAGUUCAUACUGUGAUCUUUUUAUAUGUUAUACAAUAUAAUAUUAUAAUAUAUUAACACAUUCUUAUGAUAUGUUGUUGUAGUGGUGUGUGUUAAAACUAUCUAAGUUUGAAGUUACUUAUACUGAUGGAAAGAAAUAAGGGAACACAUCAAAUUGUAGAACAAUUUAAUUCUCAAUUAGCGUAGUAAUGUCUAUAUUUCAUACCAAGUUGUAAUGUGGGAUUGAAUGUCUGUAGUGUUGAUUGUGCUGCCUGUAUGUUCCCAGUCAACUUCUGACAAUAUCAAUUGAUUUUCGAUGCAGUCAUUAGUUCUUGUUGCUAUUUGUGUGAUCCUUUAUUUAUUUCCAUCAGUAUAUUAAAUAAAUACAUGAUAAUACUCUGUUUUAUAUAUAUGUGCUUUACACGUUACUGGUAAGCAUUCAUUAUGUAUGCAGUAAAUGUUUUGACUUGGGUUUGUGUGGGGGUGGGUGGGAGGGGAAUGGGUUCUACUGCAUUGAAAAACCUGACAUCAGUCUUUGUGUGAAGCUUGUACAGCAAUAUCAUACUCUAAGUUUGGCUUCAUGUGCAAAUGUUAUGGUCACAGUGAUUGAUUUGACUGUUUCCAUAAAUAACAUGAUUAUCAUUUUGUACUAAGAACUACUCUUCAAACAAAAAAUAAUCUUAUGCUUACUGGUAUGUGUUUGGGGUUUUUAUUUAUGUCAUUCAUUACCAAAUGUGUUCCACUUAAAAUGAAUUAUUCUUGUACAUGUAUGUAUUUGUAUAUUUUUGUUAUUUACUUUAAUUUCAUAUUCCUUUUCUCCAUCUGUGAAAACUAGAAAUAACUUACUAUAUCAAAACAACUUGGUGCUGUCUGUUCUUUGCCCUCCCCCCCCCCCCCCCCCCCACACACACACACACACACAAUACUGGUCAAUUUUACAAUAGCUAUUAAAACAUUUCUGUAGUGGUUAUUUUUAACAUGAAAUACUGGGUAGUGUUCACAAAGUUGAGCUUAUUCUGACAACGGGAAAUACAUACUGCAUUAUAACUGAAUAAUAAUUAGUUUUAAAAUAUUUUCUUAGCAUAUGUUAGAACUCAACUAUAAUUUUACUUUUUAAUGUAAGAUUUAAUUUAAUGCUGUAUUUUAAUAGGGUUGUAGUUAAGAAAAAUAUUUUUAUAAACAUUUUAAUGUGGUUUUAAUUUGAAUUUUUAAAAAUUUACAUUAUGCUGUAAGGAAUCUUUGUGAAUGCAACUAAAAAGUGAAAGGUUUUUUUGAUUAAAUGUUACCCAUUCAUCUUUCUCUCUGGUACUCAUGAUUUAUCUUAAACUACCAUAACAUAAUUAAUUUCACUUUUGAGAUGAUUCACUAAAGAGUACUGUAUAUAUCAUUUGUUCAAACAUUCCAUCAUAUGUCUUAAUUUGUACAUUUUUGGGCUUAUUGUCUCUAGUGUCUCAGUGAAUUUUAGUUUUAGAAAUUAAUCCUGACUGCCACUACAAUUCCAACAUAGAAACUCGGUGUCAGUGUUGCAGAAUAAUAUUUCAAAUUAGAUGUCUUUAUAAUCAUGUUUAUUAUUGUUAUGGUUGUUGUUAUGUUUGAUUAUUAUAAAGACUGUGUGAAGUGAGUCGAGGUAAAUAACAGGUUGGUGGUUUAGCUACCUAGAGAAUUAAAGUAUUUUCUGACAGUUAUCCUAGUUUAGAGUUGGAUCUUGAGUUAAAGCAUUGUCUGAUUGGAAAUGUACUACAUGGUUUUUCACAAGCUAGGGUGUUGUGACAACUGUUAUUUGUAUAUUAUCAAAUGAGUCUGAUUACCAGGUAAUUAAUAGUUAUUUAACCAGUUAACUGAGCUUAAGCCAAGGUAUUGUCUAAAACAGGUAAUAUUUCUUUUAAUGUUCUGUAUGUAACAGCAGCAGUAUACCGUAAAGUUGGUAAUGCCAAGCAACCCUAUGUUGAUGACAAACAGUUAAAUAUGGAAAUAUUCUUUAUAUAUAUGUGUACAGUUACUUAAAACAUUUGAAAUCCCCAGUGACAAAUGAUUUGAAGUCGAGACAAAUCAGUUAUAUAUAUCUUAUUUGGAUUCCAUCAGAGAAGAAAUGUAAUAAAAUAACUAGAAUAUCUCUUGGUUGUCGUGAGUUGUUAGUCAUCCAUAGUUCCUAAUCUUUAUGACCUUAAUGGUGCUUGUUGUCAUCGUAUAUCUCAAGUGGCUAUAAUGUACACUCAGUUAUCAAGGGCUGUAUUUAUUUUGUACAUUUAAAACCAGUCAUGAGGAAAGCACACCUUCCCUAUAAGUGAACUACCUGCAUAGUUUUGUCAAUCAGCUCAGUAUUUUUACUUUGAGAAUAACCACAAAUAUUUUACUGUGCUUCCAAAUGAUACUUCACUUUUGUUAGUAUGGCAUGAAGAGGCCUAUGUUGUAUGAUAAACUGUUCCAACAAUUUGUUAUGAGAUGAUCUGUAAUUUGUUUACUACUUUAGAUAAAUGCAUUAAAGUAUUAAAUGUUUUUGUGAUCUAACUAUCGAGGGUUCAGAAUUUUCACUUCAUUUUUUCUUUCUUUUGGUGGUGUUUCUAAUUUAAUACCUAUAAUAGUAAUUAAAAUCAUAGGUGUUUUUGAAGUUUUAUGAAAGUAUUAAAUUAAUAUAGUUUACCAUACUUAAGAAAACUAAAAUGUUUUUAUUGGUUUAUAUAUUUUUAAAUAAUUAAUGUUCAUUGGAGAUCACCUCAAAAUAUCUACCUCCUUAUUUAUGUUCAUGUUAAUGCAGUAUUGUUAUGCUACUAUUUUGAUAGUAUAUUUAAAUUUCCUUGAUUUUAUUUAGUAUUAUAGUAACCUGGAACUGUACCUGUGUUGUUAUUUAUUUUCUAUUUUCCUUUGAAUCCUCUGCUGUUGGCAUUAAUAAAACAUUUGACAAAA